GGUUUUUCGCUUGUCAAUUUGGUCACGUACAAAACAUCAAACUCUGGUUGAUACGGUCAAUAGAUUUCUACGAAAUUUUUCUGUUUCAAAAUUAGAACCGGAGGCUAUUUAUUAAUAAAAUUAACAAUACGUGGUCCACCUCCGCCCCUUUUGAGUCUUCCUCAUUGUUUUGGGAACGUGGCUCCCUUCCCACCCCUCCUUAAUCACAAAUAACACAGUAUCAUGUCUUUGUAGGUUUUCUUUUACAUAUUUACCUAUCUUCCUUGAGAUAAACUACCAUGGACAAAGCGAAAAUGUCCAUUAUUCGUCGUUCUUUUCACUUUUAGUUUCGCUUUUUGCACGCUGUAGUUGUAUAGCCACUAUCCCGUCCCACCCCCUGCAGUGGAAGAUUCUUGAAAUUUUUGCAUGAAGCUUUACUUGACGUACCUUCCGGAAAAACAAAUCGAUUUCUAAAAAUGGCGGACGAACAUGACCUCGCGCUUGAAACUCUUCUCCUGUUUAUUACUUGAGUUUUAUGCGUAAUACUUGCACAAUACGCUGGCCAAAACGUGCUACGGCCUACGAAAGAGAGUUGGAUUGAGCUCAAAAAGGUUUAAAUCGUUAUCAGCUUACUCUUAACGACCAAAAAUAGCAAAUGAGCCAAUACAGUUGGCGUCGCUUCAUCGACGAAUGAGAUUCGAGAACAUACAACAACAAGAAGCGAUUAUUCAGGGCUAUCAACAGCUGUAUGAGAAGAGCUUCAUACCUGACACGAAAAAUAGUUUUAUGGUUCAAUGUGGCAGCUUUUUCAAUUUAAUCUCGAAAGGAAACUUUAGAACUGGAUUGCGUUAUUUUCAACUGAAUCGUGCUUGCCAGCUCGUCAGACGUGCGAAACAAAGCGACUUCCGGUGAUCAAGGUAUAAAACAUAGUUGCGGAGCUUAAAUUUCCUGAAAGAUCGACAGUUGUGUGUUGUGUGGGAAGUAUUUCUGCGUUCAAGAUCAAGAAGUUACUGAUUCUUACGUGAACGUGGCCGGAAUUUCAAGUGUAUACACCGUUUUAAGGCUUGUUUCGGUAGACUACAACUACACCGAUCGAAUAAGUUUUUCACAGACGAACAAAUUUGAGACGUAAACGUUGCCUUACUAGCAAGACUGACGCGAACAUGUGGGAUAGAUAUUAUGUUACGAUGCGGAACAAAGCUGGAGAGUCUAAGUUUUCGACGGGCAACAUGAAGCUGGAAAAAGCGAAGUUUUAUAUACAAGCUUUUGUUUUACUUUAUUUGUUUGUGUAUACAUCGGCGGAGGCACAGUUAGGAUGUUCGGUAACCCGCGCUCGAUUUGGAGAUCGCUUUGUUUUCUUCAAUUACUCAGGAACUUGUAACAGAGGAAUAAAUCCGUGUAAACAGAUCGACGGUGUGUGGAGAAACUCAGCGAGAAACUGUUUAUGCCAGUGUGUGAGGUCAAACAGUACUUACAGAGAAGAUCUGCGAUCUUGUGUCGAAAACGAAGCUAGUCGUGAAGAGUGUGAUUUGUUCUUCCUUAAAGAACAAGAUUCACAGCCUCUGAGAGUAUUCAACAAUUCUAGUUCCAUUAAACUGAAAAGUCUACCCAAAGAAGAUUGUUUCGUAACAGGAACAGCUUAUCUUGUGGCUGAUAGCUCUGUUACCUGGCAACAAUUUAAAGGCAACAAGCUGCCAUUUUUCAUUCACCAUGAAGACAGGAAGAGGCCCAAACAUGCUCACUCCUUGCAAUGGAGAGGGAAGCCAGUGGCUGAGUUAUUUGGAAAAGUUGUCAAAGUCGAUGUUCAGUGUCAGAGAACCAGAGGACGAGGAAGUGACACACUCAAAAAGCUGUGUAUUAUGUUCAAAGUGAAAGGAAGUUCCACCAACUUGCCUUGUAGAUAUUUAUUGCCCCUGGCAGAAGUAACAACUGCCACUGACAGUCCACCAGAGUCAAAUAUAUAUAGCGAGGCCUCAAGUCCUAAACCACCCCAAAACAAAGCUAAGAGUGAAGACUAUGAUUAUGCAAAACCUGAGGGCAUCAUUGUACUGACAGGAAGCCGUUCAAGUUUAGACAAUCUUGAUUCACAUAAAGACACUGAUGUGGAGCCUAAGGGAGGUUAUGUUGAAACAAGAGACUUUGAACCUAAGAGCCCUCCCUCUCCACUGUAUGCAGUUGUUGAGGGGCCCAACUCGCCUAAGUCACCAGGAGUUACCUCUGAGGGAACGCCAUCAGAAAAUGAACCUAAUGAUCUCUCAGGAGAUUAUAUUGAAGUGCUCCCAGACACAGAAAAUGAGAACAGGGAUGCUGAAACGUGA